GGUAAUGAAGGAGAUUAGAAAACAAAAUAAAUAAAUAAACGCGUCACUCUCUCUCUCUCUCUCUCUCUCCUAAACCCUUUCGCAUCUCGCUUUCAAUUUGAAUCUCCAAUUUCUCCGAGACUUAGAUCCAGAGCAUAAUCUUUGCAUUGUUCAUCUCUUAACCUCUUAUCGGAACCGACUCAGAGUACGCGAUCGAUUAUUGACUCGGCGAGACAUGGGAGGUGCGGCUUCGACGCCGCGAAGUACCGGUGGUGACGAUGUUUCGGUGGAGGAGUACCUCAUUGCGACUUUCGUCGGGGAGAAAUCGUUUCCCUUGGCGUCUGAUGUCUGGAACAAGCUGCUUGAGCUUCCCUUGAGAUCUCGGUGGCCCCGUGAUCGCGUUCACCAAGCCUGUCAACUCUUCGCACAGAGCAAUGGAAACACUAGGCACCUGGCGAAACUAUUGAUUCAUCUGUCGUGGUGUUUGCAAGAGCUUCUCCAAGCUUCUUCUGAUGAUGAUGAUGAUGAUGCUCACUCUUCUCUCUAUAAGAAAGCUCUUAACGCAACCUAUAUUUCAUCCCUCUUUUUGAAGCAUUUGAUUGAGAAUGGCAAAAGUGAGGAGUUGCAUCUCUCUCUCGACGAAUCUGAGCCUGUUCCUCAUGGCUUUGUAAUGGAUCAAGAUAUCCAGAAUUUUGUCAUGCGUAGUUUGUUGAGCUUCAUUGGAUCAACCGAAGUGAGUCCCAACUCGUAUGUUCUACAUCAGGAACUUCUCAACUUCAUGGUUGUUGCAAUGUCGACUCAGCUUCUCUCCGGACCAUCACCUGGACCAAAAGAUGCCAACCCUUUUCUUGAUGCAGCAAUGGCUCAGGAAAAGUCUAUAGUUUGUAUGGCUGUGAGAAGGUUGCUACUUAAUUAUAUUUCCCGAAACCAUACUCCGAAUGCAAAAACCUAUUUAUAUUCUGAUGGAGAUUCACCAGGCAUCUUGGAAAGAGUUGGUUCUGCAGCUGCGACAUUUGUGCUCUUGCCUUUGAACUAUCUUGUAAAUAAUACUGGUGACGGAUCUAAAUAUCCACUAGCAGAGUCCAGCCUUCAUGUUUUGCUUAUCCUCAUUCACUACCAGAAGUCGAUCUUGAGUGAUGAGUCCAUGACGGAUAAAAGUGAUGACAGUGCUACUUCAGAAUCAGUCUCUAAAGUUCAUGUAUUUUCCUCUGGCAAUACUUUUACCAAGGCUCUGGCAAAUGCUAGAGAUGUAGAAUUUGACCGCUCAGAUUUGGAGGGAAAUGCCUACUCUGGUCCACAUGUUCGGAUACCAUUUGCUUCGUUAUUUGAUACUCUUUGCAUGUGUUUGUCUGAUGAGGGAGCUGUCUUGCUCCUCUACUCAUUGUUGCAAGGGAACUCCUACUUCAAGGAGUAUGUUUUGGUGCGAACUGAUAUGGAUACUAUGUUGAUGCCCAUUCUGGAAACGCUGUAUAACGCUUCGAGGAGAACAUCAUCCAAUCAAAUAUACAUGAUGCUAAUUGUACUUCUCAUACUUAGCCAGGAUUCAUCAUUUAACUCAAGCAUUCACAAGAUGAUACUUCCUAGCGUUCCAUGGUACAAGGAGCAUCUCCUUCAUCAGACGUCUCUUGGUUCCUUAAUGGUCAUUAUUCUCAUCAGAACAGUGCAGCACAACCUUUCUAAACUGCGGGAUGUGUAUCUGCAGACCACAUGCCUUGCAACCUUGGCUAACAUGGCACCUCAUGCCCAUCAUCUUAGUGCAUAUGCUUCACAGAGGCUUGUCAGUCUCUUCUACAUGCUUUCUCGAAAGUAUAACAAGUUAUCAGACUUGACAGGUGAUAAGCUGCAAAGUAUCAAAAUAAGCUUGUCAGGAGAGGAUGAUAGCGUUUCAGAAGAUCUGGCAGCAGAGUUGCAAAUCUUUACUGAUUUCUUGAGACUUGUCCUUGAUAUAUUAAAUGCAAUUUUGACGUACGCGUUGCCUAGGAAUCCCGAGAUUGUCUAUGCAAUCAUGCAUCGGCAGGAAGUGUUCCAACCUUUCAAGAAUCAUCCGCGAUUUCAUGAGCUAGUCGAAAAUAUUUACACCGUGUUAGACUUUUUCAAUAGCCGCAUGGACACUCAAAGAUCGGAUCGAGAAUGGUCAGUGCAGAAAGUUCUUCAGUUCAUCAUCGACAAUUGUCGGUCUUGGCGAGGCGAAGGCAUGAAGAUGUUUACUCAACUACACUUCUCGUAUGAACAAGAGAGUCACCCAGAAGAGUUCUUCAUUCCAUACGUCUGGCAACUAGCUUUAUCCCGAUGCGGAUUCAGUUUUAAUCCGGACGCCAUCAACUUAUUCCCAGUACCACACCAAGUUGAAGAACAAAUAGAAGACGGAAAAGGAGACGAAGUGGAAGAAGGGGAAGAGAAGAAAGUAAAAGAGUUGAUCGAGCAGAGAAUCGUCUUCGAUCCAUAGUACAUUCCGAUGUGGGUGGGUGGGUGGGGGGUAUGUAUAUAUUCAUACGGUUAAGGGUUCAAAUAAGAUAAAAUGUUGACGUAAUUAUUCUCCAAAAAAUUACUUUUUCAAACAUUGUAGGUUUUCGGUACAUUAAUAGUAUACUCUCUCUUGAUGUGUAAUAACAAAUGACGUUUCGGUCUGAA